AUGCACCGGUCUGGCUCCUUUACUUCCCAGUCUGGCACCCGGGCCUCGCCCCAUAAUGUGAGACAGUCCACCACCGACGACUUGCUCAGUGUGGACAACCGCUUGCAGCGGAAAACCAAGACCACAGAUCCCCAUGCUCCCUUCUGCUUUCCCAACGGCGAGGUGUUUCGCCCAAGAAAUGUUCCCCUGCGGCGCCAUCGUCCUCCCAAAAUUCCAGUAGACACUCAAUCAUACCAGGGGCAGCUCCCUCUACCUCAUGGUUCACCCCAAGGGCCCUCCCGUGGACAUCCCACGAAUAACUAUGGCCAUCAGACUCCUCACCAAACGGCGUUCGUCCCGGGACUCAGUCCGAUUCCUGGUCCUCCUGGGCCUGCUCCUCGCUCCCAGGUGCCUCGCUCCAGCUCACUAGCAUCGAACUCAUCGGCAAAGCUGGCCACCUCCACCACCACCGCCACAAACGCUCCGUACAUGACCAGAUCCCACUCGUUCAACAACUUGAAGGCAAGAUCCCGCUCCGACUUGGCCCAUGUGCUCAGAAAUACCCGGGGGGACACCAACAUCAACAUCGCCAACUUCUCGGCACCUCCUUCCGUCAGCCCGUCGCCACAGAUCGCUUCCAGACCGCAGUUCACCGUGCUGGGCCCUGCCAUGCCCCCACAGAACCGCUCCUACUCUCUCACAAACAACAAGUACCAGGAGAAGUCCACCAACAUCGUCAAGUCAGAACUGUCCUUGUAUGCACUUUCCAGUGCCACUCCCACAAGCCGGUUGAACGUUCUGGAUGCCAAGUCUUCAGACUCGAAGAACCUGAGCUUGUCCAGCUACAAUUUGAACAGGUCCAGUUCCAACACUCCGCAGACUUCGGUCACCACGUCGGAAAAUCACGAAUCGAAACUCGACUCGGAAUUGAGCCAUGAGUCUCGCGACCUGGAGACGCCUUUUCCAACGUGUCUGUCGUUGGAAUCCAUUAGAGAAGGUGCUGCAAAGGCAUCAGACUACAUUGCCGACUCGUGCCCCAACCCGCACGGCGAAGUCGCCAAAUCCCUACGGAAACUGGACCUUGACUCUGACCUGGAGCUGGAGAGAUCGCCGUCGUCGUCCUCAUUCACCAGUGCAGAGUAUGGCGACGCUCACGAAGAAGGACUGGAACCCUCUGCCUCAAAAGUGCACGAGCAGCAGCGUUGGAGUAGUGUGCAUGAGGAGACGCAUUCAGGUAAUGGCUCCUCACCCAUGGAUUCGCUGGAAAAUUCCUCCACUUCUUCUUCAGAGCACUUUCUGCCCCAGACAACCCCUGAUCACCACAACAUAGAAAUCGACGAUACCGCGUCUUCCACUCAUUCAGGCGCUAACGACAGAACUGUUUUCACCACUCCCACCAACGACAACACAGACACGUCGGCCGCUACUAGCAUCUCCAAUUCAGAGGAAGAGAAAAACAAUUUGAAAGAAAUUUUUCUCACUGGGCCUACUACGGCCAUGAAACCGUACAAAUCAAUGCUACUAGAUGAAUCAGCUGACGAGAAUAAUAGUACAGUUGAAGCUCAGGGUGACAAUUCGCAAGGCGAAGCCACUCUGGCCGAUUUGAAGCACCAGCCUUCUGUCUCGACGUCUCUACAGGAUUCUGCCAUCACGCUCUCACAAAACGCCAAUACCUCAAGCGAGACUUUGGCCACGAAACCGCGUCCAAGACCCGUCAACACUGAUACAAGCAAGUCUGUGAAUUUAGACGAGGAGCUAUUUACUCCCUGCAGUGAGUACAGCUUUGCCGCUGGUGAGGACAAGCUUAUCUGCAAACCCAACCUGGAGGAUGGUGAUGGAAACGGGCCCAUUGUAGAGGAGGAUCAAUCGCCUAAACAAAGAACGUCCAAUAUCAAGAGAGAAAAAACUGAUGCCAGUAUCAGCCAUAUUCUUGACGCCUAUUCGGAAACGCCGGCUCAGGAACCCGAACGCGAUGGCGACCCUACCUCUACCGCGCAUGGUUCGCAGCUGCAUGAGCCUCAGGAACUGGCUGUUAUAGAGUCACCUAAACUGACAGAAGUACUGCCAGGUGUUAUAGAAAGUCCGGAAGCAGGUCAGUCAAGCAUUGAAAAGGAUAAAGUUGAAUCUCUCAAAGAAUCGGCGCUCGUACAACUGGCUCCAAAUACGGGUGAUAUUGAGACCGUCAAGACCGAAUUGGAAAGAUUUGAGUCCGCCGAGCCUGAACCCCAACCGGUUGUAAAUAAAGAGGAGAAAGCUGAAAAGGACAAUGAGCUCACUGGUAAAAUAAUUGAGCAACAAGCUUUGAAGCCGAUAGAAUUGUCUCUUUCUGACACUUUAGCUGAGAGAGAACAGGAAUUUGCCAAUGAAGCUGAAGAGGCUUCGGGUAAAACCACACAAGAAACUACCAAGGAACCAUUGCUCCCGUCAGAGCUGGGAAAUGAAUCCGAAUCACCGGCUUGGGAGCAAAGCAAUAAUGAAAUGUCGAAGAAACCUCCUCCAAUGUCAUUAAACAGCUCUCCCGUCAAAAAUCUCGUUGGAAAAGAGCAUGAAAAUAAUAAUGCUUCUCUCAUACGCAACAGGCUAUCUAUGCUUAAUGUCGUCAACGUUGACUUUGACAAGUCAUUGCCUACAACGCCUGAUAAGAUGAACUUCACUGUGGCAGUUCCCGACACACCCACGUCCAAAAAGCUGAUUCUGCCCGACAGAAAGCAACCUCAAUUGCAACGUACCAACAGCAUGACUAAGUCAUUUUCCAUGAACAAUUUCAAGAAGGUAUUUAGUCGAUCCACGAAGAACUCUGGCGAUUCCAAGAAGGAGGUUUUUGGCAGCAUUCUAAGGCUAAAGCCUUCGGGACCCACGAAUACUGACGAUCGUCAAAAUAUGUCUACAUUCACACACUCCAAUCUGUCCAGUGCCUCCAUCUCAACAAGCUCGUCGAAGAAGAGCAAGCGCAAAUUCUUCAAGACCAUUAAGAUCUUGCCUGGCAGCAAACAGGAGGAAGUCACAUCACCAGUAUACAGCGUCAGAGCUAAGGUCCCAUCUCCUGUGUUUGAAAAUUUUCAAGAGGACACGCAAACACCCAACCUCUACAGUCUUCCUGCAUUCGAAGCAGAAGAAGGUGGGUUCGAUGAUGUUUUGUUGAAGUUUGAUGAAGUCGAGAAAGAGUUGGAGAACGAACAAUUGGCUAAUAAGCCAAAGGCUAAUGCCUUCUUUUUGAAAGAUGAUGAGUUGACGAGAGCCCAGAUUGCAGAUCAGCAAAGGAAAGAUAACUUGAAUUCUGAUGAGUCGCUCCCUGAGAAACUAGCUGAAUCCAGCAGCGAAGACACUGAAGAGCUGCCAGAGCCUCUUAUUGCGGAGUGUCUGAAGUCAGAGCAAGACCUUCCAUGGUCUCCUGGCUAUGAUGACUACGCCGCAGGCAGCCUCAGCGUCGAUGUUGUUGACGAGGGCCCCAAAAGAGUGCGUUCAAUCAAGCUUGAUAAAUCGCAAUUGCAGGAUAUGUUGGACGACAAAGCCCAUAGCAAUCAUUUCAUUAAACACGUCAAACAAAUGCGGGACAUGGAACUGGUGGAGAUUGUCGUCGAAGCUUUCAACCCCCAUGAAAAGCGGGAAGACUCAUCACCACCAUUGGCGAAAGUGAUGAAUUCGAUCUUGAAGGACGGCAGUGUACCCAACGAAUCGUCUAGUAAGGCGGUUAAAUUUUCAAGCAAAGUUUCUAUUAGCGAAACAUAUCCCUCGUACGUUUACAGAAGGUAUAACAAGUCUGUGACGCAAUAUUACCUUACUGAGACCAGAGAGGUGAACAAGAUCAAGAACGAAUUGAACGCUUACAAGUGCUACGAGAUGUUGGUGCACGAGAAGUCGCAGAACAACACACAAUUCUUCUAUUGA